UUAUGUUCCGGCGCCCCGCCAAAUCCGCUCAAGAAAAAAUCGACCCGCGGAUGCCUAGUACAUAUUGUAUUGAAACGCUUUGCACAGAAAGAGGGCGCCUGGGAGGCACCAAUAAAUACAGGAGCAGAGACUGCAAAACAACAAAUUCUCGUAACACCCGCUAGUGUUCCCACUGUUCUGUGACUCCACUUCUCUAUCUGGCUGUGGUCGUUCGUUUCCGUCACGAAGCGGACGAGGGAGUGUAGCCUAGUCAUACGGGCAAGUAGGUGGAGAAAAUAAAAUAAUCAACGAUAUUUACGAUAAGCGACAGCCAACACCGUGAGAAAGUGAAAGUGACACCAGUUGGCAGUCCCAAAGACCGUCGUUUGAUCUGCUUUUCAUAGCUGUCAACUGUUAUUGAGUGAGGUCUCCUCCUAGUUGGUGACGGAUACAGUAGGCGACACGGGGAGACCAGCUUGUAUUGCCCUCGCCAGUGGUGUGGAGGCCAAGAUGUCAUCGAAGAUGCCAAGCUCUAACAACGUAACUCAGGCCAGAAGGACAGUACAACAGCUAAAGAUAGAGGCCAGUAUUGAGAGGAUAAAGGUAUCCAAGGCCUCAGCGGACCUCAUGCACUACUGUGGCGAACAUGCCAAAUACGACCCUCUGCUCAUGGGCAUCCCUGCCUCAGAGAACCCCUUCAAGGACAAAAAGCCUUGCGCUAUAUUGUAAUGACCCCUUUAUGUAUCUGUUGGCUUUUUAAUGUUCCUGUAUGUCUUUUUUUUCUACUCAUCCACCCGUCAUGCCUUAAAGCCUAUAACCUUACCCUUUAAUGAAAAUGUUGUAUUUUAUCACUCACGUUGAACAUACUUACAGACAUAACAUACAGUGCAUUGAUACAGUACAUCGUUCAAAUGUACCUUGGGACAUUGACUGUUAAUGUGUGUCUGAUUUAGCUCAGUGGAUUUAGCCAAUGUUUCCGACCAGCCCUUUAACAAGUCUGUUUUAAUCAUAUCUUCUGUCAUCUGUAUUAUAAUGACCUAAUUUAAUAUAUUUCAGGCUUUGGAGUCAUGGUUGGGACAUGUGGCUGUAUUGUCUUCUUCCCAUUGACUCAUCAUUGACCUGUGCAGCGUUCACGUGCUAGUUGGAACUAGGAAACUCUGACAUGUUUGACUUGCUAACCGGUUGAACAGGGCAUGUGUUUAACUACAACCAGUUAGCAAAUCAAACAUGUCAGAGUAACCUAGUUCCGACUAACAUGUGAACGCAGCUUCAUGCUGUUUAUUAAUAACUUCCUGGUUCAGCAGGAUGGCAUCUGGACUGUCAGUGAGCAAUGGAGGAAGUAGACCCAGGGACAAAUAUUUUCUAAAAUAGACAUCAUCAGAGCCCUCAACCUUCUAUUAAUGUAAAGAGCAUAAGUUUUUGAUUAGUGCUGAGGAUAUUUUAACUCGCUGCCAAUUUUCGGAUGGGAAACUGCAGUGUACAGCUAAGACAGGUAAUUCACAACCUCAGUAUACAGCACUCCACCCAGCCAUUUAAACCAGGUGUUACAUAACAGAACACUGUGAGCCAAGUCACCUUAACAUAUUUACGAUAGUAAUCAUGUAAUCAAUGUAUAGGUUGGUAUUUUAAAGAGGGGGUUCAGGUACAAGUAUUCUGUUGGGAGAGACCAUAGGAGGUGCACCAGCUUGGCACAUGGGUUGUUAUUAAUGGUGUAAUAAAUUAUUUUCACUCCAACUAUGUGCACUAUACCAUGUAUUUGAGUAGACUGGUCUCAUAGACUAGAAGUAACAUAGUAAACGUACAUCCGGGACACUCAAAUUACACUGAACAAAAAUAUAAAUGCAACAUGUGAAGGGCUGGUCCCAUGUUUCAUGAGCCGAAAAAAAAAUCCCUGAGAUAUUUCCCUACGCCCAAAAAAUGAAUUUCUCUUAAAUUAUGUGCCAAAAAUUGUUUACACCCUUGUUAGUGAGCAUGUAUUCUUUGUCAAGAUAAUCACUCUACUUGACAGAUGUGGCAUUUCAAGAAGCGCAUUAAACGGCAUGAUCAUUACACAGGUGCACCUUGUGCUGGGGACAAUCAAAGGCCACUCUAAAAUGUGCAGUUUGGUCACACAACGCAAUGUCACAAUUCUCAAGUUUUGUGGGAGCGUGCAAUUGACAUGCUGACUGCAGGAAUGUCCACCAGAGCUGUUACCUACCAUAAGUCACCUCCCACAUCCUUUUAGAGAAUUUGGCAGUACGUCCAACCGGUCUCACAAGCGGAGACCACUUGUAACCACACCAGCCCAGGACCUCCACAUCUGGUUUCUUCAUCUGCGGGAUCGUCAGAGGAGAAAGGGGGGACUAUUUCUGUCUGUGGGGAAAAACUAAUUCUGAUUGGCUGGGCCUGGCUCCCCAGUGGGUCGGCCUGACUUCGAAGUGGGUGGGCCUAUGCCCUAUCAGGCCCACCCAAGGCCUCGCCCUUGCCCAAUCAUAUGAAAUCCAUAGAUUAUGGCUUAAUGAAUGUAUUCAUAUUGACUAAUUUAUUUGUAUGAACUGUAACUCAACAAAAUCUUAGAAAUUGUUGCAUGUUGCAUUUAUAUUUUAUUUCAUUAUAGUAUAUGACAUGUUACCUUUGGUAUGGUUACAUAAGAUAGAAAGUUAGUUUUGGCAAAAACAAAAGGAGGUUGGUUGGGAUGGGAUGGGCGUAUAAUGCGAAUGUCUAGCAACACAAAGGUUGCAUGCUUGAAUCUCAUCACGGACAAAUUAAGCAUUUUAGCAACUUGGCAACUACUUACUACUUUUUUAGCUAUUUUACAACUAUUUAGCAUAUUAGCUAACCCUAACCCUUUUAGCUGGCCCUUCCCCUAACCCUAACCUUAACCCUUUUAGCUGGCCCUUCCCCUAACCCUAACCUUAACCCUUUUAGCCCAACUCCUAACCUUAACCCCUAAGCCCUAGAGCUAACGUUAGCCAGCUAGCUAAUGUUAGCCACCUAACCAACGUUAACCAUAACAAAUUGGAUUUCGUAACAUAUCAUCAAAAACUGAUGAUGGACAUCCACAAAUUAACACAUAUCAUAUGAAACAUGACAUAUCAUACUAAAUGGAGUGUCUCAAUUUACAAACAGAAUAAUACUAAAUGCUCUGAGACCAAGUUGAUUUGAAGCUGACCCCAAUGUCCUGUGAUAGUACCUAGUAUCGUAGUUGGGGGGGCAGGACCAAGUUUGGGAAACUCUGUCCUAUUGAACAGUAAAAAAAAAUAGAAUGUCCCGUAUGUCCUGUCGGUUAGCUGUUGGGAACAUGUCUCGAUAAAACGAACCAGCUGUAUCGAUGUGGUUAGCACAGAUAGGCUGGAAAGUAUAAUUAUGUUUGCAUUCACAAAGCCUUACAAGUGUUUGCAUUGUGGUGUGAAGAUUAUUAUUUUUUUAAUUGUUAAAUGAAAUGGAUCUUUCUGUGCUGAUUUCCUGUGAUUUCUAACUGAAUCGUGCCAUCGUCUUGUCACUAGCAGAAGAGAAAAGAAAAUGUCUGAUUGUAUACACCUGGUGCUACUGUUUGUAAUGUUUGUGUUAACCUCCCUCCAAAAGGUACUUCAUUCAUCAUAAAGGUCUUGAAAUCAGAGACAGGGAGACCCAGUAACCCAUUAUGAAUUCUUGAGCGAUGACAAUUGUAUCUCGACCACUUUUCUCUCUGACAGUGUAUCUCUCUAAUAUGCUAAAUCUGGCUACUGUUACUUUGUGUGACAUCACCAGACAAUUCUGAUUCAACCAGCAUACCAGCAAUGGCCUUUAUAUACCUUUGUGAGACUCGUACGUGACCUUUCCCUGACCCUCUGUGAAGACAGUGUGAACCUGGUGGAUUAAAGACAUCUGUAUGUGGUUUUGUUCAUUAUAUCAAGUGAUGGAGCCUUUGUUUCUCUGCUGAGUACAGUCUUUCCUGUUGUUAUUAAACAUACAUUUAGAAUUGCA